GCGGAUGGACGAGGGAGAGAGGGAUGAUGUUUAGGACGCCCUCGAUGAGGAGGAGGAGGAGGGUCUCGAGGGUGGGGUUGGGGAGGGGGGGAAGGCUGACGAGGCAGUCGGAGACCCUGGCCUGCCAGGGGAGGAGGUGGUGAUGACGUCGAGAGGCGUCGGUCGAGCGGGUCCUGCUGCUAGGGCACCACGAUCUGAGUUGGAGCGCGCGAGGAGGGAGAAGAGGCCGGUGGGGGAGGGCAACGUCGAGGUGCGAGAGCCGGCCAGGGAGAAGAGGGCUCGGCAGACGAGGAUCGACGAGAUGUACGACAAGGGGAAGUUGGCCGAGUUCCAUGACGCGUGGCUGCAGUGGAUCUACGCGAAGGGGUUGGCAUUCAACGCCUUCCAAGGUCCGGAGUUCCAGAGAAUUCGGCGGGCGGCAGAGAGAGUGCCGCGAACAGUUCAGUUCCGGUUUCCCUCGUAUAGGGUCACAGCGGGCACGGGGAUCCCUUCGCAGAGGGGGAAGGUGGCGUCGAUGACUGGCGGCGAUCCGGUCGGCAGACUGUACAGGGCAGUCCGUGACCAGAUCAGGCAUUUCCACUCGCGGUGGGGAGAUUGGGGAGAUGGGCUGUUGUCCGAUGCCGAGGCCGACGACUGUCGGGGGGAACGCGAGACUGAGCGUUGUGCCCAAUGGUGGUUUGAUCACGGACGUCAUCACCCUGAGUUGCGCACCAUCGCCAUCCGUGUGAUGCACUUGGGGACGUCCGCCUCUCCUGCGGAGAGGAACUGGGCGCAGCACGAGCGCAUCAACACGGCGAGGCGCCACAAACUUGACUUUGCCAAGCUUGCACAGCUGGUUGAGAUUGCCACCAAUCUCAAACUGGCCGGAUGCGCACAACAGGGUAGUGGCUACGUGUUGACCUGGGUUAUGGGGACCGGUCAGGAGGAGACCGCGGGAGGGCAGGAGGACGACGAGGGGGACGUGGACCCCGAGGUGUGGGGAGCGCGACCUGCUGGCAGUUUCAGCGAGCGCGACAUCGAGCGCGAGGUAGUCGCUUUCCAUGCUUGUCGACCGUCUAGAGCCGACCCGGUUCAGGACGUGUUCGGCAAGAGGGCGGUGGAGCUACGGCCGUGGCCGAAGCAGGCGUCGGACGCUGAUGCGAACGGGGAGACGUCGGACGGGAAGACGUCGGACGACGAGUGGACGAACGAUGACGACGCUCCCGUCAGCGGCGAUGCGACGGCGGAGCGGGUCUAUUUCACGUACGGUGGAGGACCUGACGUCAUGACUCCACACACAUCCGUCAUCACUGACGAUGUGCCGUUCGGUGGUCAGGCCAGUGGCACCGGCAGAGCCGGUGGUCGUCGUCGACGACGACCGCGUGCCGACGAGCACGUGGAGGAGCAGGAGCCAGUCGGAGGCCUUCGGCAGACGGGCAGACGUUGGGAGGUCAGGAGCGACAACGAGCCGGAGGGGGUGGAGGAGGAGGAGGAGGCACGCCUUCGGGAUCGUCGGUUCUCUCCCUCUCAUCAUCGGACCACGCGAGCUCCCGAGCCUACCUGGCCGAGGACAAGGUCAGCAUCGGCAGCGGAGAGACAGCAGACACCAGCGACUGAGCACCAUGAGGGGAACGGGCUUGGGGACAUUCCGGAGAUGGAGAGGACUCCAUCCGGCGCCGGUGUCCAUCACCGCUCGCCGUCCGAGCUGCGCACCGACGACUUCUACGUCGGCGGCUCUGGCGGGGGUUUGGGGGAUCUCUGUGCCCCGAGACAGAGGGGUGCCUCGCUCUCGGACGUGCUCCUCGACGAUUCUGAUGUGCGGGGCCAUGUAGAGACCGAGGAGAAGCGGGAUGCCCGACUGGACAGAGAGGAGGAGGAGCGGCUGCGGACUUUGCCGGGAUGGGAUGGUUGUUUUGCGUAUAUGGAGGAGCAGCGCCGACGGAGGGAGUUGGAGACAGGGAGGGGUGGCGGCGGUGACGGAGGCGACGUGGGUUUUGGUGGGGAGACUGAUGGGGGGGCGGCCCGACAGGGUGUGCCCACGGGUGUUGAGGGAGAUGGUGUACCCACAUGUGUUGAGGGAGAUGGUGACGGCGAGGACGAGGACGAGGACGAGAAGGGGUCCGACCACGGAGACGACCACGGCGACGACAACGACUACGACGACGACCACGGCGACGACGGUGACGACGGCGACCACGACAGCGACCAUGACGGCGACCACGAUGGCGACCACGACGAUAAGGGUAGGCUGGCUUUGGUCUUGAGGGACCCGUCUGUGCCUACACUACCUCUCACACGGCCCAAGGCCUUCGCUCAGGCUGGUUUUGAUGCCGAGGAUUUGGCGCGACUCGGUUGACAUAACCCUUUCCCCCACACGGGUCGCAGGAGCGACGAGAGGCGGCCUCCUAGAGGGGCGUAUUCGCCUCCGCCGUACACCGUGGAUAGCCCUAGAUGG